AUGGAAGCACCAGAAUUCUAUGGGGCAACCGGGUUUUGCAGCUCGCAAUUUAAUGAAAAGCACCAGUCUUUGGACUCUAAUAAGGCUAUUGGUGGUGACCAUUUCAUUGUUGAAGACCUUUUGGACUUCUCCAAUGAAGAUGAUGAUGCCAUGAUAAUUGACCCUGCUAAUAAUAUCGUCACUGCCACCACCAAUUCCACGGACUCUUCCACCGUAACAGUCGUUGAUAGCUGCAAUUCCUCCUCUUUCUCGGGCUGUGAGCCUUCUAGCUUUAACGGCGAUAUUGGGUCCCACCACACCAAUAGUUUCUCUCAUCAUGACGUUCAUUUUGGCAGCGAGCUUUGCGUGCCGUAUGAUGAUUUAGCGGAGCUAGAAUGGCUGUCGAAUUUUGUGGAGGAAUCAUUUUCCAGCGAAGACUUGCAAAGGCUUCAGCUAAUAUCAGGCAUGAAAGCUCGGCCUGACGAAUCAUCCGAGACUCGACACUUCCAAACAGAAGGAAACACUAAUGAUAAUAACAAUGGCAAUGUCUCCAACAUUAGUAACAGCAAUACAAUGUUCAAUCCUGAAAUGGCAGUCCCAGCUAAGGCUCGGAGCAAACGGUCUCGGGCAGCACCAGGCAAUUGGGCCUCACGCCUUCUAGUGCUCUCGCCUACAACUUCAUCAUCCGAGCCUGAAAUUAUUCCUGGACCGACCCAACAUCCAAAUUCUGGCAAAAAGACAGUUAAGGGUGCGGCGGGGCUGAAGAAAAGAGACGGUGGUUUUGAAGGUGGUGAUGGUCGCAAGUGCCUGCAUUGUGCGACGGACAAGACACCGCAGUGGCGGACUGGACCAAUGGGACCUAAGACGCUGUGCAAUGCGUGUGGUGUAAGGUACAAGUCCGGCCGGCUUGUGCCUGAGUACCGGCCUGCAGCUAGCCCAACGUUUGUGCUUACUAAACACUCAAACUCGCACCGUAAGGUGAUUGAGCUUAGGCGACAAAAGGAGAUGGCAAGGGCUCAGCAGCAACACCAGCACCAGCAAUUUCUUCACCACCAUCAGAAUAUGGUGUUUGAUGUAUCAAACGGUGGUGAUGACUACUUGAUUCACCAACACAUGGGACCCGAUUUCAGGCAGAUGAUCUAG